CUCCCCACCCCCUCUCUUUUCUCUCCACCUCUCUCUCUCCCACUCCCUCCUCCAUUCCAUCAGGUCCUCACAAACACAGAAGUUCAGAGAGAAGACAGCUCCCUUACCAGAGAAGGACAGAAACAAAGAAACGGAGGAAGAGAGAAAGAGUGAGAGGAAUAAAAAAAGAAGUGGUAUUAACAGUGGAGGACAAGUUUUGGAGGAGAGCAAAGGGAGAGAGGGGUGGUUUGGGUGGGGGGUGGGUAGCGUACAAGGCUGCUCCGUCUGUCUCCUCCAUCCCUCCGUCUCCGUCACCGUGGGUUCACAGCUCUCCCUCCCCCCCUCCCUCGCUCCCUACCUCCCCCGCUCGCUGCUGGCGGGAGCCUCCGAGCUGCUGCGGCGGAGGUCGUCUCGGAUGGAGUCGCCGAGAGACGUAGGAGGAGAGACGAUGGAGCGCGGGGAGCGGGCCGAGCCUCUGACCGAUGCCGAGCGGGAGAUCAUCCAGAACACCUGGGUACACGUCUAUGAGAACUGCGAGGACGUGGGCGUGUCGGUCCUCAUAAGGUUCUUUGUGAACUUCCCGUCGGCCAAGCAGUACUUCAGCCAGUUUCAGGACAUGGAUGACCCAGAGGAGAUGGAGCGCAGUGUCCAGCUGAGGCACCACGCCCGCCAGGUGAUGGGCGCCAUCAACAAGGUGGUGGAGAACCUCCACGACCCAGAGAAAGUGUCCUCUGUUCUGGCUCUGGUGGGCAAGGCGCAUGCUGUCAAACACAAGGUGGAGCCUAUGUACUUUAAGAUCCUGUGUGGUGUAAUGCUGGAGGUGUUCUCGGAGGACCUUCCGGAGUUCUUCACGGCAGAAGUGCAAAUGGUGUGGACCAAACUGAUGGGGGCGGUGUACUGGCAUGUGACGGGCGCCUACAUAGAAGUUGGCUGGGUGCAGCUCUCCAGCUCGGCAGUGUGAGGGGCGAUAGCGGGGGUGAUUUUUAGGGCUGAGACUGUUCAUAGAAUAUCUUGUUGUGUUCAACUUUUGGGGGAGUCUUUCCCCUCUCCCUGCUGACUCAUUGUGUGUACUUUACUGUAUAGCCCCUGAGAUGUUGUCUGUAUAGCCCCCGAGGCGUUGUCUGUAUAGCCCCCGAGGCGUUGUCUGUAUAGCCCCUGAGGUGUUGUCUGUAUAGCCCCAGAGGUGUUGUCUGUAUAUCUCCUUAGGUGUUUUCUAUAUAGCCCCUGCGGUGUUGUCUGUAUAAACCCUGAGGUGUUGUCUGUAUAGCCCCUGAGGUGUUGUCUGUAUGGCCCCUGAGGUGUUGUCUGUAUAGCCCCUGAGGUGUUGUCUGUAUAGCCCCUGAGGUGUUGUCUGUAUAGCCCCGGAGGAAUUGUCUGUAUAGCCCCGGAGGAAUUGUCUGUAUAGCCCCGGAGGUGUUGUCUGUAUAGCCCCUGGGGUGUUGUCUGUAUAGCGUACAGUAAGUGAGCGUGUGUAUUCUCUAUGCCCUCAUCCAACCCUCAUUGUAGUAUUGAAAAUCUCCAAUGCUUUUAAGGGAACUAAGGGCUCCAUUUUAGGGAGUUUUGUUGCUCCCUGAAUGUAUGCCACUUUGGAUUCCCAAACACACCCUGUCUCUUUCCAUGCCCAUCUCAUGCACUAUACAAACACACCCUGUCUCUUUCCAUGCCCAUCUCAUGCACUAUACAAACACACCCUGUCUCUUUCCAUGCCCAUCUCAUGCACUAUACAAACACACCCUGUCUCUUUCCAUGCCCAUCUCAUGCACUAUACAAACACACCCUGUCUCUUUCCAUGCCCAUCUCAUGCACUAUACAAACACACCCUGUCUCUUUCCAUGCCCAUCUCAUGCACUAUACAAACACACCCUGUCUCUUUCCAUGCCCAUCUCAUGCACUAUACAAACACACCCUGUCUCUUUCCAUGCCCAUCUCAUGCACUAUACAAACACACCCAUCUGCUAACACCCUGUCCAUACGGCAAGUGGCUAUUUAAAUGUAGAAACAAUUUCAAAGUGAUGGGAUAGAGCCACAGGCUGACAGACCACUGUUAAGGUGCCAUCUCCUCUUUAUAAGCAUGCAUGCACGAGCACACACACACACACACACACAAACACACACAUACACCACUCUGCCGACUUUGACCGCCCACAUGCUAAUAUUUACGGAGCAUUUACUUGGUUUACAUUUCCUCAUUAAACUCUCCAUUAAGGGUUUAAGAAACUGACUCCGGAGGUCUCUGGAAAUACAACGGACCCUUUGAAGUAGAAUCAGUGUAUCUUUCACCUCUGAACUACUAGGGUAAGAAAAAACAGUAAUAUUGACCAUAUCUGAUAUACUAAGCACUCUACAACCCUACCAAGAGGUCUAGACACUUUGGUACAGUUUAAACCAUGUUGGGUUGUCAUGUACAAUACGGUGCCACAAGUUGGAGCCCUGCUCCCGACUUUUCCCCUGAAUACACUACAAAUGGAUUUUGAGUAUCAGUUUAGAUCCAAUCUCCUCUGUGUCUCUGACAGUAACUCCUCUGGUCCCUCUCAGAUUUGUCAUUUACCAUUAAUGAGGAAGUAAUGGGGCUCCGAUCUUCCUCUUUGUGGUCAUUCAUCAAAUAUCUCCCCGACUCUCUCAUCCUUUCUUUCCUCUGGCCAAAUGCUGAGAGAGAACGUCCCUCUAUCUGCUUUGCUACCAUGGCUACUUGGCUAAUAAUAUAAUUAUAUUCAUAUUCUACUGCCUUCUCCUUUGUUGUUCCUUUGGAGGCCAGCAGUAAAGUUACAAGAUCAAGGAUAUACAGUUGGCUUAUAUGGCUGACAAAUAACCGCCACAGGAAGUUGAGCUAAUACAAUAUGACAAACUCAUUCAGCAAGAGACCAGUGGCUGUAGAUGAGAGGAAAUGAGGUGGAUUACUGUAGAAGUUGUUGUCUAUAAUAAAUUAUCUCUCCCAUCACACCUACAGAACAAUACACUCACCAGUCUCACACUGCUAGCAAAACAUUUGACCUCAGAUCUUGAGUACAAACCCGUUAGAGGUCAGGCUCCUCUGUUCCUCUGAGUAGCUCGGGGUGGAGGAGUAUUUGUGUUGGGCGCGAGCCGCUCCGACAGGUUGUUUUAUUAAACACGUCACCCAUAAUUCACAAAAUGACAUUUAUUUUUUAAAUUCUCCCUUAAGCUGUAAGCUUUUACCCUCCAUCUGCAGAGCUUUCCUCCCUGACACACACACACACACACACACACACACACACACACACACACACACACACACACACACACACACACACACACACACACACACACACACACACACACACACACACACACACACACACACACAGAGAGAGACAUCAUAUACUACAUCUGGGACUUCUUGUUGUGAAUUGUUUUUUUUCCAGUGAGUUUUAAAGCUUGGACUUUAUAUUUUUCUAAAUAUAUAAAACACAAUAAUUAUCUGUUUAUGUAUUUGGAAUGGAAUACUUUAUAUAACUAUGAUUAUAUACAUUUGUUGACUGGGGCAGUGGGAGUGGUUUUGUGCUGUUUUAGCAUGUUUGCACAGCCUCCUACAGACGUGUACCUUUGCAGACCUGGUGAAAUUAACUAUAAACAACUAUCAAUAAAGUGAUAAUUACCUACA